UUAGAUUUAGAUAAAAGCGCGUAAAGGCAGAGAAGACAAAACAUAGGUCACGUGUCAUCCUCACGUGCCCAUCUUCGUCUUCACCCAAAUGGGCAUUCGUUUGCCACGCGCCUUCCUGUGCUUUCUACAAUCCCGCCACACUUUUUCUCCUUCACGACACCUUUCAAGACGGCCUCUCCCAAUUUCCAUUUACCCAUCUGACAUAUAUAUAUAUAUAUAUAUACACAUAUAUAUAUUUUGGUUUUUUUGUUAGUAAUAUUUAUUUUUCUGUUUGUAUAAAUAUAAAGAUCUUGUUUUCCUACAAACCCUUUUGAUUUUUCUUGCUCAGUUUGUUUCUUACAAUAUCUUCUUGAGGGGUUUGUUUGAUAUUGCUUACCAUUUUUUUUUUCCUUUCUGAAAGUAUGAGCAAUUGUCUGACUUCUUGGUGAAUUUAGCAAUUCUCUGUUUGGUUGGAGUUCCAUACUGGCAUUGAAUUAAUCUAUAAACAUGGGUUCUGAGGAUGCUGUUCCAUUGGUUGAAACGGUCAAUAUGGCGGUUGAGGAAUCUGCAGACCGGGCUUCUCGUGGAAAAAAGAAUCAGAGGAAAGUUUCUAGAAGAAUCCACAAGGCUGAGAGGGAGAAACAGAAGCGUGAGCAUUUAAACGAGCUGUUUCUUGGGCUGUAUAAUGCUCUUGAAUUGAGUCAGCAGAACAAUGGCAAGGCCUCUGUACUAUGCGAAGCUACUCGGUUUUUAAAAGAUUUGCUUGUUCAGAUUGAGUGCCUUCGAAAGGAGCAUGCAUCCCUUUUGUCUGAAUCUCAAUAUGUGGCUACUGAGAAGAAUGAACUAAGAGAUGAGAACUCUACUCUCAAAAAUCAGAUUGAGAAACUGCAAAGCGAAUUGGAAGCAAGGAUAGUCCAGUCUAAACCGGAUCUCAAUGUUCCACCUCCUGUGGAAUAUAAGGCACCAGAGUUUGCAUCCCAUUUUGUUGGAGAUUCUCUUGCAAUGCCUGCUGCAGAACCUGCAUUACCACAACCAUCUGCUGUCUUUGUAGUUCCCCUCCGGCCAGAUCUCCAAGCUUAUCCAUUGCCUGGUGCCACUCAACCACCCUCCAACCCUAUCUCACAGGUGAGCAAACCGCAUGCCAGAUAUCCGACGUCAGCGGACUCCUGGCCAUCUCAACUUCUUGAUGAGCAGCUGAAAACAGGCAAGGAAUUUCCGCACAGCGAGAGCAAUAGCGGUAAUUCUAGUGAUAGGGAAUGAAGCCCUGAUAACAUGUAAAGAGUCUACAUUCAUUUACAUUGGCAAUGAGCAAAUUGCUCUCCUUAUUUUGGGUUUAAUUGGAAUGCCACUGUUAGUGAGUUUGUAAAUUGUACAAUGGUUGAUAGUAGUAGAAGUGUGAAAAAAAUAGGACAUAACAGAUUAGACCUGCCAACUUAGCUUAAUCUGAGAUGUUUGGUUUCCAUUGAAGAGAUUAUUGAUUUGAUAUGGUUUAAAAAACGACUGAAAACUGAAACGUACGUAGUCUAGGAAACAAAAGUAAUAAUAGGAUUAAUCAAUCCAUUGUGUAUGUUUGUGUAUUUUCUAGAGUUGAAUGCCCUAUUUGAUUUAAUUAUUUGUCUUGUA